UGACAUUGCCAAUGCUUUAUUUGUUUUUUAGUGAACAGUUUGAGUUAUGGCAAAUAGACAAGUAAACAAAAGAAAUAAAUGGUGUGUUGAUUUUACUUCACCACCGAAAGGAAUUGUCUUAAAAACAAAAACAAAGGACAAGGAGUUGCCUGUUGGUUUCACAGAAGACAAAGUGAAUUUACCGUCUGGUUCUCAAUCUAAUAACGAUUCAAAGUUGAUUUCAAAACGAUCAUGGAAUAUUGCAUUGGCACCUAUAAAACAACUACCAAUGAACUUGUUUAUAAUGUAUAUGAGUGGCAAUUCAAUCUCAAUAUUUCCCAUCAUGAUUAUUGGGAUGAUGAUUUUUAGGCCUAUAAAAGCUAUAUUAGCUUAUAAAGGUACCUUUAAAAUGUUAGAUGCGGAUCCUCAAGCAAUUUUGCAGAAACUUGCUUGGCUUUUUGGCAAUUUUCUUGGUAUAGCUGUUGCAUUAUGGAAAUGUCAGUCACUUGGUUUAUUACCAACAGCACCGUCCGAUUGGUUAGCCUUUAAAGAACAUAGAGAAAGAGUGGAGUAUGUUAUAGGAGGAAUAUCCAUGUAAAAUGUCUUGCAUCUCUUGUAUCUGUUUUUUUUUUCAAAAAAACUGUAUUUCUUGAACCAAAUUCUUGUGAAAUAACAAAAUUUACUAUUUAAAUCUGUUUUAUUUCUUAGUGGUGGAAAAUUUAUAUUUUGAAUACAUGAAUAUUUAGACUC